UAUAGCCACGGACGGCAUAACAACGUUGAAAGGGUCGUCGGAUCCGUUCGCCGGUGCAACCAGUGCAGGUAUCACGACUGCCGUCAUACCGACCGAUACCGCGCAGGCUCAUCGCAGGAGGCGUUUGGUGAUCGGUUACCAAGACCGCGGUGUACAGCAACAGGAGCAACACGUGAUCUCCACCUCCGCCGCCACCACUGGUUGCGACUUGUGCGACAUCAGUGAUCACCACCACCAACACCACCAGCAGCAACAGCACCUCAACCACACCGGCGUAUCCGUUGCCGCGACCACCGCAGUCGUCGAAAACUUCACGGUUCAGCUGACUCCACAGUCACUUAACGCGCCACUGCCGCCGUCGCAGUGCACUUGUUACGCGUUUCCGGCGGAUCAGCACCAGUCGAUACGUCCGUCGAUCGGACCUAUACGAUUCCGUGGUAACUGCAGACUGGCCCUCAGGACGUUACCGUACCCGCAGCAACAACAGCUUUCGUUUCCGGCCACAGGCACGGCACUGAACCACCACCACCACCACCACCAGCCCCAACUGGCGGACGGACUCUGUCAUUGUCGUGUCGCCACCGCUUUGGCUGCCAAUCAACACCAGCACCAGCUGUCCCACCAACAGAUGCUAUUCGUGCCGUUUUCCAUGCCCGCCAACUACGGCAAUCACAUCGCGUGCCCAGCUCAACCGUCUGCCCCUGCCGGUGGCGGAUCAGCAGCCGCAGCAGCAGCCGCGGCCGCAGCUGCAGCGGCAGUGGCCACGCUUUCCAACGGUGGCAACCCGAACUCGGUUAGUCCAUCAGCCGCCGCCAUCGUGAACGGAAACGCAGCAGCUGGACUUAAGGAAAUGAAACUGAACUGGGUAUCUUCACCGGGACCUCAGCUGAAAGCCGACACAAGUAAACACCAUCACAUAUUCGUCGGUGACCUGAGUCCUGAAAUCGAGACGCAAACACUGCGAGAAGCAUUCGCACCUUUUGGCGAAAUAUCGGAUUGCCGAGUAGUACGAGAUCCACAAACGUUAAAAUCAAAAGGCUACGGCUUCGUGUCGUUUCUGAAAAAAGCUGAAGCCGAGAGUGCGAUCGCCGCGAUGAACGGUCAGUGGUUGGGCAGCAGGAGCAUAAGGACAAAUUGGGCGACCAGAAAACCUCCGACGUUAAAAACCGACUCCAACACCAAACCGCUGACGUUCGACGAAGUAUACAACCAAUCGAGCCCGACCAACUGCACGGUGUACUGUGGUGGACUGACCAGCGGACUCACUGACGAGCUGGUGCAAAAGACGUUCGCUCCGUUUGGUAACAUCCAAGAGAUACGGGUGUUCAAAGACAAGGGUUACGCAUUCGUCCGAUUCGCCACGAAGGAAUCGGCCACUCACGCUAUAGUGGCCGUCCACAACUCGGACAUCAACGGGCAGCCGGUCAAGUGUUCGUGGGGCAAGGAGUCCGGUGAACCGAUCGUGUCGCAAAACGCGUCGCAAGUGUGCUCGUCGCAGGCGGCGCUCAGCAGCACACAGUUCCCGUACACCGCCGCGGCGUACGGCCAGCAGCUCGGUUACUGGUACCCGCAGAGCUAUCCGGCCACACAGCUACAGGGACAGUUCCUGCAAGGAGUGCAAGGUUACACGUAUGGACAGUUUGGCUACCAACAAGGGUAUCUCGGCCGGAUGGGAAUGCAAGCACUGCCAACGGGAGCGACGACAGCGUGGACUCAACCAGGUGCCCUGCAACCGGGCCAACAGAUCGCGUCUGCCGUAGCGGCCCAACAGUCGGCCCCGGCACCAGCCCCGCCGCCCGCCGCCGCCGCCAUGAUCCCGGCCUAUCCGACGCUCCACCAGUUUCAGGUAAAACAACACCCCGCACCGGUGCAGGCGUCCGCGUGGCCCAUGUACGAUCACCUCCACCACCACCAUCACCACCUCCACCACCAGCACCACGGUGGUUACGAGGCCAACGAGCUAUCCAUACUGAAAAUGGCCACCUCGUGAUCAGCCUCCACAGCCGCAGCCUCCACCGCCGCCGCCGCCAUCGCCGCAGCAUCCACAGCCUCCGCAGCCGACCGAUCCGACGGCGCUUAUCGUCCCACGAAAUUGUAUUACGCGCCUUAAGCCCCUUUGGCCUGAACCCCUAACGAAUAGUGCCCAAUUUUUCAGCUCAUGCAUAUUUUUUGUAUCGAAUUUUUUUCGAAAUACCAAUAAGUCUAAAUGGACACGAAGACGCGCAAAUCGUUACCACCCACCCCCACAUUCCCCCCCACCUGAAAAGCCACUACCUACCCUACGUAAGACGCUCCCCGGCACACUUAUCACGCGCUUUCGUUAUUAUGAUUAGUUUUUUUUUUUUUAAUUAUUAUUAUUUACGCUAUUAUAAUAUUAAAUACGAUACCGGUCGAUUGCAAACUCAAUGUACGCGUCCGGUAUUCAAUAAGAUUAUUAUUAUUAUUAUUAUUAUUAUUAUUAUUAUUAUUAUUAUUAGUUAUAAUUGUCUAUUAUGGUUUUUUUUUUGUUUUCGAAUCUGUCGAAUUCGAUAUGCACAUAGUUUGAUGAAACGUAUAUAGCUAAUUUUGUAGACGAGAAUGCUCUUAACGUUAUUAUUUAUUAUAAUUAUUUUUAGUAGAAUUUUUUUUUUAUAAUUUUGUAUAUUUUAGUUGUUUUUAUACUGCUACGAGGCGAACAUUCGGCAAACCCCGCGUAUCCCGUUCGGACAAACUGUCGUGUGAACUCAUUUGAGUGUGAUUAGGUUUGCACAGGAAAUAGAUUCAUGUCACCCCCACCCACCACACCAAAAAAAAAAACAAACAACAAAAACCAAACCGCACCACCGUCAUGUUUAUUGUGCUUGUGAUGUUAUUUGUCGACGAACUUAACUUCGGCUUAACCCUCUCACACUUGAUGCUUACCUGUUAUUAAAAUAUUAUUAUAUUAUGUUGCCGAAGACGACGACGACGACGACGACGAUUGCAAUAGUUUAAUAAUUUCGUUAGCUAUACUGCGCAUCACGGUGGCUGCUGCUAUUUUAAAAAUAUGAUAUUGGAAAAUUAUCUAUUCGCGGUGUUUACUUGCACCCAUCGACAAGUGAAUUAUUCAUAACUUGGAUCUCUGAAUUAUUGAUAACUACUCGUAUAUUAUUUUAUAUUUUUUUUUUCAAAUCUGAAAACACAAAUGCGCUGAACCUAAUCAGUCGCCGAUGCAUUGCAGUCGUUCGGUCGCCGUGUUCUCGUGUAUACGUCGUACAAUAAUAAUAAUAAUAUUAUGAUAUCGCUAUACUCCCGAUACUAAAAUAUAGAGCCGAAAUUCACGGGUUUUGUACCUAUACAAGUUCCUCGCACAAAAAAAACACACACACAUACACGGAAAAUAAAAAUAACUAACACACAUAUUGAUUCACAUAUUCACGUACGAUGUAAUACUAUAUAAGGGCACUGAUGUGGUUUGCAGAUAGCCGACGAAGAGUGGCUUACGCCGAGCCUGCUGGUCUGAGGACGACUGAAUUCUGGAGCCCAAAAACGCGAUACGAUAAUUCUUCCAAACUCCGCUUUCUGCUACACACAUAGUCAAGCCAAUCAAAUUUACAAUACCCCGAAAGCCCUGCCGGUGUACCGAACGAAUUGUAAAUAAAUCAUUUGGGGCGCCAAAAAACAAAAAAAUCAAUAUUAUAUAUUAUUAUAUUAUAUUAUAUUAUUAUACGGGCCGGUAUAUUAAUGUAUUAUUAUUCGUUUGUACGGUGUCGAAUCCCCCGAUGGGUCGCAUUCGGUUUUUUAAAACAAUAGAUCGCUAACCAAAUAAAAAAACGUAACAUAUCAUCGACACGAGUGAUGAAGAAUUGUGAUAAAAAAAAAUAAUAAAAUCGAUAAUUAAACGAUAAAAACGAAAAAAAAAAAAAUUAUUUAGUCAUAAAAUAUUUAGUAGCAAGU